AUGUCGGGAUGGAUUGAUAGACUUGUGGAUGACCCCAAUAUAGUUCCUAGCUUAUUUCCAUCGGAUCCAUAUUUAGGUCGAUUGGGAGAUGUUUCUCGGUUACCCCAUUGCAAGGAUAACAGGAUACAGGAAGACUGCAAACGUCUGGGAUAUUCAAAUGAUUGGGUGACAGGUUUCACGUCACUGCAUUCGAUUAUUAGCGACCUAACUCCUGAGGCUAAGGAGACAUACCGUGCCUUUUGGGAACAGGAGUUCCAACCCCUAACCGACCCGACGGAACUAUGGGAAGUCCUUCUCGGCCAAAAUGCGGUCGAAACCAGGUACCUGGCCCGCUGGUUGCGGCACCCCAUCCUCUUUUACCAAAGAACCGACACUCCUUGGCUACUCAUGCAACUCAUCGGCGGCCCCUGUGGGGUGAUUUCCGUUCUCCAAUCGCACAUGUUUGCCGCGCUCCUCUUUUCACCCAAUUCUCAGGAACCCAUCUCUCAGGAACCCAUCUCUCAGGAGCCCAAUUCUCAAGAGUCCAUGCCGAAGCGGCGUGCAGGAACGUUGUCAAUGAACCAGAAGUUAAGCAGUGCUACGCCGUGGGGCCUACGGGCCAUGGUGAGUGCUGCAAUCGCGCGGAUCAUCUGGCAAUGUCGGCCCCGAGGGGGGGAUGCUGCGUUGUGUUGUCUGGACGCGUUGGACGCGGUGAAGGGGGGUAGUGUGAGUGAGUUGCAUACACGGAGUGCGAGUGCGAUGACGGGGCGCUUGGGUGUCGGCGACUUGUUGGUUCGGAGUCGUGUAUUCGUGCGUGUGUUUGGUUCCUAUGUGGCGCUGGCUAGCUUUGUAUGCGAUCAUUUACUGACUCUCUUUUGCGGGCCGCAAGUGCCUGGUUGCCUUAACUUGGUGUUAUCGUGUGUCCACACACGCGGGGCGCGCAAAAUUGCGGCCGAAGAUUUCGACCCGUUCAACGAGUCCAGCUUGCUCGCGGACUUCGGACACUGCUCGCAGGAGAUGGUUAAUCUACUCCUCACCGGAGCUGCAACACCAAACACAUUUGACGGCGACCGCGCGGCGGCUGGUGUUCUUCUCAAGGGCAUCGCACACCAUAGCGCACUCGGUCAACUUAGCGAUAUGGAGCGUUACAGCGUCGUCGGUGUGCGCAUGAAGAAACCUGUUUUGCCGGUGUGGGUUGUUGCCAAGAACUACCAUUACUCAACUCUCUGCAACCUAAAUGUCAAGUCGCACAAAUUACACGCGAGCGAAUUGGUGGAAGAACGGCUUGAAUGGUAUUGGCAAGAGCACGAACGAGCGCUCGCAGCGAACGCCGACCAGGGCAUCUCGGGGACUGGGGCUGGGGGCAUGGCUGGGACUGGGGGCAUGUCUGGGACUGGGAGUGGGGGCAUGGCUGGGGGAGACACGGCGCAGCUGGUCGAGGGCAUGCUCAGCGCCCAACAGGCGACGGCCCUGUGCGAGUCGCUGGGUGUCGAAAAUGCCGCUCAGGUGGUCACGACGCAUCUGCUCGAUCGCGAAAUCCGCCGUGUGCUCCGCGAACGCUUCCUUACUUGGGGCGCCGCGCACGUCGACCAGAUCCCCAAACUCGUCGAGGACCUCGUCACUCCUCUUGCCCGCAUCCGGCUACUCCCCGACGAAAAACUGCUACGCGGCCCGCCCUGCUACCUCUACGCCGACGGCCAACUACUCAACCUCAGCGAGUGCGCAGAUGACACAGUCGGCAGCGUCCUCGCCAAACCGACAGCCGUCCGCGUACUGGUCCCCUCCAACCUGGUCAUCGACGUCAGGCCGGGUGGAAGUGGAAGCGGGGCAGAAGACACUGCGCAAAUCCACCAACUGUUAGGUUAUAAAGAAGGUUUAACAAUUUUUGAUUUUACCGUGCACAAUCAGCACGUAUAG